AUCAGGAACAGAAGGUGUGAAUACGGCAGAAGGACGUAUGCAGAAAAUUAAGGGGUAUGUUCCGUGGCCUAUAUCGGUAGAUGGAACAUGCAAGGUCAUGAAGUUUUGGUUGAUACCGACCAUCCGCCAUUUUGCAAUUUUGGGCAAUGGUUUUUGCGAGAAAUUUGGAACGGUAAUAGAUUGGAACCGGAAAACUAUUGUUGUAAAUAAUAAAAGUGAAGGAUGUGAGGGGAGAGUUGAAUCGUGGGCAGGAACAAAACUUGCGAAAGGUUAUUGGGAAAUUUAAGUCUCUUUCGUGGGAAGCAGGAACCAAGUUGGGCAGAACCAACAAAAUAAUGCACAAAAUUGACACGGGUGAAGCUGAACCAAGCAGGCAGAAAUAUCACCACAUGUCUCCAUAUAUGUAUGUUACAACAUUUGAACGGCGAGUUAGACAAAAUGUUAGAACUAGGGGUAGUACAACCAUCUUUAUCUCCGUGGGCAUCACCAGUAGUGUUGAUAAAGAAAUGCUCAGGCGAGUAUAGAUUUUGCUUUGAUGGACGUAAGCUUAACUCAGUCACGAAGUGCGACGCUUAUCCGUUGCCGCACAUUGACAGUAUUUUGAGCAAAUUAACGGGAGCUCAGUUUCUGAGUAGUAUAGAUCUUAAAGCUGCGUUCUGGCAGAUUCCCUUAGAUUCCAACUCUAAAGAAAAAACUGCUUUUGUAAUACCAUCAAGAGGUCUAUCUAUAUGAAUUUAAUGUAGGUACUGCCGUUUGGGUUGAAUAAUGCAGUGCAAACCCAACAACGUCUUAUGGAUACGAUUUUUGGACCUUCAUUAGAACCAUUUGUUUUUGUGCAUCUAGAUGACGUGCUGAUAGCGACACCCAAUUUUGACAAGCACUUGGAGGUGUUAACAACAGGUAUAUGGAAAACUGGAUGACGCCAAUCUUACUAACAACUUUGACAAAUGUGAAUUUUGUAGAGCGAGUUUUCGUUAUUUAGGAUUCAUAACUGACAGGGGUUGUGAACAGAUCCUGAGAAAGUGAGAGCGAUGGUGGAAUAUUCACGUCCCAACACGCGAACAAAAGUGAAACAUUUCUUGGGAACUGCAGGUUGGUAUAGGAGAUUUGUCCCCAAUUUUGCGGUGAUGAGUGCACCUACAACUCAGUUCAUUAAAGGGCAAAACAAAGGUCAGGGGAUCAGUUGGACGACCGAAGCAGAGGAAAGUUUUGUGAAGAUCAAAGAGGCGCUAUAGUAUCAGCACCUGUGCUUGCCAGUCCUGAUUUUUUUAAAUUAUUUUCAAUACAAUGCGACGCAUCAGAUAGAGGUUUAGGAUGUGUGCUUGUACAGGCGAAUGAAGACGGAAAGGAGAUUCCGGUAGCUUACGCUAGCCGAAUACUAACAGAUCAAGAAAGAAAAUACACAGUUACUGAGAAAGAAUGUUUAGGAGUAUUGUUUGUGUGAGAAGUUCAGGGCAUAUGUGGAAGGUACAAAGUUUAAAAUUAUAACUGACCAUUACAGCUUGUUGUGGCUCAAUCAGUUGAAAAAUUCAACAGGUAGAUUGGCACGUUGGGCUAUGAAGCUACAGCAAUACGACUGUGAGAUCGAACAUAGGAAAGUAGCGUUGAAAGUGAUCCCAGACGCACUGUCGAGAGCGCCACGCGAAGUCGCGGUACUGACUAUGGUAAAAGGUGAGUGCAUGAAAGAUCCGGAAUAUAGACGUCGAUUUGAAAGUCAGCAAAUUUCCAGAUGGUAAUGCAGUGUGGAAGAUACAAGAUGACUCCCAGCUGUUUAGGCGUUUGAGGAGCCAAAAUGGCAAUCCAGGGUGGAAAUUAUAUGUAGCAGAACCAUACCGAAUAGAGGUCAUGAAAUCAUGUCAUGAUGAACCAAUUGCUGCGCACCUAGACAUGUUCAAGACUUUGAAAAGAGUGCUGGAGCUUUAUUAUUGGUCACGCAUGCGUAAGGAUGUGCAACGUUAUGUGAGAAGCUGUGACGUGUGUAAGGCGCAGAAGCCACUCAAUUUGGUGCCACCAGGAUUGAUGGGGAAGUCCCGUAAGGUCUCCUACCCGUGGCAGAUGGUUGCGUUGGACCUGAUAGGACCAUUACCAAGGUCGUCUAAAGGUAAUAAAUUUUUGCUUGUGGUAUCAGACUAGUUCACGAAGUUUGGCUUAUUGAAGCCGCUGCGACAGGCGACUAGCAGCAGUAGCACCACCUAUCUACGAGAGAAUGUCUUUUAUGUCUUCGGCGUACCGCAAGUGAUAGUGUGCGAUAAUGGGAAGCAGUUGACGAGCAACAUGUUUAGAGGAUUGGCCAAGGAGUUUGGAAGCCAAUUAUGGUUUAAUUGCAAAUAUCUUCCUCAGGUGAAUCCUGUGGAAAGGGUAAACAAAGUAGUAGGAGCAGCAAUACGCUCGUACAGAAAAGAUAAGCUACAUGACAGGUGGGAUUCUAACAUCCACGAAAUUGGCUACGCGUUGAGAACCGCCGUCCACGAAUCGACAGGAUAUACUCCCGUUUUUUUAAAUUUCGGCCGUUUUGUACCAGUGCACGGAUCACUGUACGGUAAAGACGAAAACCUACACCAGUUCGAUCUUCAACCUACUUGCAGGGACAUUUACGCGGAAAGUAUGGAUCGUUUGUUGCCGAUGUAUGCUGAGGAGACGCGAUGCACCUUUGUAUGCCGUUGGUGAUACGGUGUGGAAGAAAAAUUACUUCCUAUCGGAUGCUUCUAAAAGAUAUGCCGCUAAAUUGGAACCGAAGUUCGUGAAGUGCAAGAUUGCGGAGGUCUUUUCACCUCUAGUGUACCGGUUGAUGACGGAAAAUGGUGUGGAUCUUGAGAGAUACCAUACCAAGGAUUUGAAACUUGAUCAGACAAGAAACUCGGAUUAGAUGCUGUGAUGAAGGUGAAGAGUGCAUGAAGAAGGACGAUAGAUCUCGUGAAUGGAGUGUGAACGGUUAGGGUGUUUGGUUGUGUAUAAAAUAGAUCUCGAUUUUGACUUUUUUUUUAGGCACUAGUGUCGGAU